AUGAAAGAAGAAUGCACUUUGCAGUUCAAUUGGGACUGCAAAGUAACUUUUGUAAACCUUAAGCUACUUUGGAUACAAAAAGCUCUAUGUACUGGUGCUGGUCGUCCUCUCCGUCGUCGGCGCCUACGCUGCCUACAUUCCAAACCCACGCUACCUGCUUACAGGAAGACACCACAAUACACCACAAGAGGCUCCCUUAUCAAAGAGAAGGCCUUGUUCCUGUAUGAGAAGCUACUGCGCAUUCCCAUGGACAAGUUCUUCAGCACCUAUGAGACUAGACCAGGACAUCUGAAAAUGCAAUCUGGUCUAAUUCAGAAAGCCAUAGAACUGAAGAAAGAAUUACAAAUCGAUGACAAACCAAAAAGCCUCUCUCUACCCAUGAACCCAUUAGCAGACACUGAUGUAUUG